ACUACCCUUCAAGGUUUCCUUUGACUGUCAGCUAUGUCCUGCUUCCCUACCAGAAAAAGCUUUCCCUUCUCUUCUCUUGCACCAAGUAUCUGCAGAUACCAGCCAUGGAUCACCAAACUAAGUUUGUCGUGCAGAAGAUUGUCGUGUCGCUCCACUCGGCGGGUGAGAUCUUGGAGAAUAUCCUGGGUAGAGCUUCUGAAGAGAAAGCAGAAAUGAUUUCUUGCCGAUCGAAUCUUGAUCCCAAGGAUGGGCUGGAAUUCCUGGGAUUGGAGGCUCAUAACAUCCAUGAUCUGGCCAAGGAGGUGGAGAUCAGGCUCUCGGAGUGCAGGGAGAAGGAAAGGAAGGAGAGAUGCAGGAUGGAGAGUAUGAUAUCAAGCUUAAAGAAGGAGAACCAGGAUAUUAGGAGCAUGUUGGAAGUUGCUGUAACUGAGAAGGAGGCGGCGGAGAAUAGCCUUCGUGUGUUGAAGGGCGACGGUGAUCAGAGAAGUUCAAUCCUGCAGAUUGCUGAGAAGGGGUUGCAGAAGGUUGGCUUUGGCUUCAUCAUGGAGGUGAUAAGUGGAGAAUCAGAAGGAGAUGAGAUGAGCAGCUCCAGCGCCAGUGCAGCAUCUAAUGGAAGAGAAAGUAAACAGGAGGUUGACAGUCUGGCUUCAAUAGUUGGUAAGACACUGAAAAACCUGCAUCAUGAGAUCAAUGACCUCAGACAGGCCUUAGACGAGUCCAGGUCAGAUUGUGAUCAUUUGCAACUUCUCGCUGCUCAACAGGCUCAGAAGAUAAUCAAACAUGAGUCGCACAUACAGGAUCUAAGAGAACGGGAAAUUCUCCUACUUCAAAGUGUGGAAGAGCUCAAUGUCCGGGUAAAGGAAGUAGAACAGGAAGCUGCACGAUGGAAAGAGGCAUGUGCGUUGGAAGUAGAAGCUGGAAAAGCUGCCAUUAAAGAACUGAACCAGGAGGUGACCUUGCUCAGAGAAGAACUGCGAAGAGUAAAAGCAGAUUUAGAUGCUGCAAACAGCAAGAUACAGCUAAAAGAGAAAUUAGCCGCCAGUGCAAUGGCAGCACAAGCUGCUGCAGAUGCAUGCCUUAAGCUUGCUGACAGUAGAUCUGCUGGGUUACAACAGAGAAUAGAAGAGUUGACAAGGCAGAUAGAGCAAGAAGAUACACAUGCAAGAAAAGGGAGAGACAGUGCCCGAAAAAGAAUAAGAUACGCCUGCUGGCCAUGGCAGCAACUUCGAGUCAUAUCAACAUCCUCUCGUGCUAGGACAUGGUCUGUUGAUCAGAACGGAAGAUUGUUACCAAGGACAGAAGCACUACUUCAAAUAAGGAUCUGACUAAGUUCUCACAGUUUCCCAGACUAGCUAGACAUAUCCCUCCCUGUUCCCCUAUUUUCUCUAUGUAAGCAUGCACCUUAGAUUUUUGCAAUAAAUUCAUAUGGUCUUCUCACUA